AUGUUCAGCUGGCUGGGGAAGCAGGGCGGCGGGCGGGAGCGCGGCGGCGGCGGCAGCGACGUGGUGCAGACGGUGACGGGCGGCCUGCGGGAGCUCUACCUGCGCAAGCUGCUGCCGCUGGAGGAGCACUACCGCUUCCAUGACUUCCACUCGCCCGCCCUCGAGGAGGCCGACUUCGAGAACAAGCCCAUGGUGCUGCUCGUGGGGCAGUACAGCACCGGCAAGACCACCUUCAUCCGGUACCUGCUUGAACAGGAUUUUCCAGGAAUGCGCAUUGGUCCAGAGCCUACCACAGAUUCUUUUAUUGCUGUGAUGUAUGGAGAUUCAGAAGGAAGUGUUCCUGGAAAUGCCCUGGUUGUUGAUCCUAAGAAGCCGUUCCGCAAACUCAGCCGUUUUGGAAAUGCUUUUCUGAAUAGGUUCAUGUGCUCUCAAUUACCCAACCAGGUUCUGAAGAGCAUCAGUAUCAUUGACAGCCCUGGCAUUCUCUCUGGAGAGAAACAGCGCAUCAGCAGAGGUUAUGACUUCUGUCAAGUUCUCCAGUGGUUUGCUGAAAGGGUUGAUCGUAUCAUCCUGCUUUUUGAUGCCCAUAAGCUGGAUAUAUCUGAUGAAUUUUCAGAGGCUAUUAAGUCAUUCCGGGGCCAGGACGACAAGAUUCGAGUGGUGCUCAAUAAGGCUGACCAAGUAGACACGCAGCAGCUGAUGAGAGUCUAUGGUGCACUCAUGUGGUCCCUGGGAAAGGUGAUCAACACUCCAGAGGUGCUGCGAGUCUACAUUGGCUCCUUCUGGGCCCAUCCCCUGCAAAACACAGAGAAUCGAAGACUCUUCGAGGCAGAGGCGCAGGAUCUUUUCAAGGACAUCCAGAGUCUCCCGCAAAAAGCUGCUGUGCGGAAACUCAAUGAUCUCAUAAAGCGAGCAAGACUUGCAAAGGUCCACGCUUAUAUCAUCAGCUACCUGAAAAAAGAAAUGCCAUCAGUAUUUGGAAAAGAGAACAAGAAGAAGGAACUGAUCAGCAGGUUACCAGAGAUCUAUACCCAACUGCAAAGGGAAUACCAUAUCUCAGCAGGAGAUUUCCCUGAGGUCCAGAAGAUGCAGGAGCUGUUGGAGACUUGUGACUUCACUAAAUUUCACUCCUUGAAACCAAAGCUAAUUGAAGCUGUGGAUAAUAUGCUGGCCAAUAAAAUAGCCUCCCUGAUGAGCCUAAUCAGACAGGAAGAGAGCAAUAUGCCCACUCAAAUGGUGCAUGGUGGGGCAUUUGAUGGCACCAUGGCAGGACCCUUUGGCCACGGAUAUGGAGAAGGUGCCAAGGAAGGAGCUGAUGAAGAGGAAUGGGUGGUUGCCAAAGAUAAACCUGCUUAUGAUGAGAUUUUCUACACUCUGUCACCAAUCAAUGGGAAAAUAUCUGGGAUCAGUGCAAAGAAGGAGAUGGUGACUUCCAAACUACCUAACAGUGUCUUGGGGAAGAUCUGGAAACUUGCUGACUGUGAUGGUGAUGGAAUGUUGGAUGAUGAAGAAUUUGCAUUGGCAAAGCAUCUCAUCAAGAUUAAACUGGAUGGAUAUGAACUGCCUGGCACAUUACCUCCCCAUCUGGUGCCACCAUCUCACAGGAAACCUCUGCAGACAGCAGAGUGAAAAUUCUGGGGAGAAGAAUGGGAAUUUGGGAUACCAAAUGUGUUUAACCCACCAAAGUUGGAAAUUAAGCUUAGAUCCUUAAACACAUUCCAUGCGAGUUGCUGACAUUAGAAGCAAAGUAGCAGGAAAACAUUUGUGUAAUAGUUCCUGCUGACCUUCACUGAGACAUGCUUAUGACAAGUGCCUUGUAUAGAUUUAUCACAACAUGCGAUGUAAGGUGAAAAGGUUUUCAUAGUUUUGCUUCCAUGUCUUGUUGCCUUUACAGCCAUAGAGCAAAAAAGAUCACUUAUAAAGUCACUGACCUUGGCCAAACCUAAAUGCUUAGCAGCUACUCUCCAGACUGUUUUUAAUAAGUGUAAGGAAGCUCUAAACACAAAUUCACCUGCCUAUGCAAGGAACAUGUUUAUUCUAAAAGCAUACUCUAGGCGUUUGAGUGAAUGUCAGCAAUUGAAUAGUUUAAGAAAUGCCAGACCUACAAAUAAAUCUAAAUCUAAAAUUUUA